AUGCUUGGCAGCUACCGCAGCAGUAGCAGUAGUGACAUUGAAGGAGGAGGGAGCAGAGGAUCCGGCUCGGGUUAUAGAUCGCGGAUCGCGACUCUGUUGUUCUCGAUGCUGAGGAGGAACAAGAACCUUAGGUUUGAAGAAGCAAAAGAUAUUAGAGGAAGAGUUUGCGAAUGUCCAGCUGUGGAUGAUAUUCAAAUGAAGAUGUAA